AUUGCGAAACCCCUCGGUCAGCUGAUUUUGGGUUGUGUGGCGUUUAACACUUGUAGAGCAAACAGUUAAGAGCUUUGCACACUCAGCUCUGGACACCAUCAAGUCAACAGCAGUCACAGAAACGUCUAAGACAGCUCUGCUCCUGAACAAAAAAUGAAUUUUCUAGAUUACUAUGACUAUAAUCUAGACUAUAACUACUCUUUCGGAGGAAACUAUACUCCACAGGAGGAGCAUGUUUUCCAGCACCAAUCGACGUGCUUCAGGGAAGUCUUGUGCGUGUCUUUGCUGGUGGUCAGUGUGCUCAUUUUUCUGCUGGGCUUUUGCGGAAAUGCCUUGGUCAUCUGGAUUUCUGGCUUCAAGAUGAAGAAGACGGUCAACACCACCUGGUACCUGAGCCUCGCAAUCUCGGACUUCAUCUUCUGCACCUUCCUCCCGUUCAGCAUCACCAACAUGGUGAUGGAGGAGUGGCCCUUUGGCCGCUUCAUGUGCAAGUUCACCUCCUCCAUCAUGUUCCUCAACAUGUUCAGCAGCAUCUUCCUCCUGGUUGUCAUCAGUGUCGACCGCUGUAUCUCUGUCAUGUUUCCAGUUUGGGCGCAGAACCAGCGCACUGUCAACAAGGCAUACGUGGUUGUUGUCCUGGCUUGGGUUGUAGCCAUCACUCUGAGCAUUCCCUCUAUGAUCUUCCGGGAUGUUGGCAGCCAUCUGGGUAGAACUAUCUGCUUCAACAAUUAUACCUUAAACCAAGACAGUCACAAGAUCGUUGCAAUGAGCCGCUUCAUUGCUGGGUUUAUUGUCCCUUUAAUCAUCAUUAUUAUUUGCUACUCUGUCAUUUUCCUCAAACUCCGCACCAACAGGAUGACCAAGUCCUCCAAACCCUUCAAAGUGAUGAGUGCAUUAGUCGCUGCUUUCUUCGUCUGCUGGCUGCCCUACCACUUGUUCAUCCUACUCGAGCUCAACCACCAAAACUUUGACCACAGUAUUUUAAUCACUGGACUCAAGGUAGGCACUUCUAUGGCAGCAGCAAACAGUUUCCUCAACCCAGUGUUGUAUGUUUUCAUGGGCAACGACUUCAAGCAGAAGUUCAAGAGCACUGUGCUCUCAAAGAUGGAGAAUGCUAUGGUAGAGGAGGGCCGCACCACCAGCCGAUACCUGUCCAGGUCCAGCUCUAUGGACGGCAGAGCUUCCACACACAUCUAACUGGGUCGGACAUCCAAAUUGGUUUCACCCAUUUAACUAGAUUGCGGUUUUUAAAUACAAUUCAUUAACAGAAGAUAUAAGAUGUAGCUUUGAUUGUGAAAACACACUCCUGAAUCAAAUGUUGGCUUACAACCACAUUGUGUAGUUGAGGAAUCUGCAAGCCUGAGCCAAUAUAUAAACAUGCACCUCUGUCAUGUUGAAUUGCAGGAUGGGUGGAAUCUGUCUCAUCCAGCAGGAUGAUACGUUUUCACCAUUAGUUCAGUUUUUUAACAACAUCUGCACAUAGAGGGAUUUUAGUUGUAAAAUUAAAUGUCUGUAAAUUAUGAGGAAUACCCUCUAAACAUAUAAAACAUGUAGAAUCAUUUGAUCAUUUAUCAUUAAUUUGACAUAGAACUGAAUGUUUUAAAGUUUUCAUUUGUUUCCUUGACAUGAAAACUAAAACUAUAACCUUAAGUCUUAACUGAUGCUAACAGAAAACAAGCCUAGAAACAACCAUCCGCUGACAAUCCACUGACCUGCCCCCCAAAAGGGAAGUUGUGUGGUUUUGUUUAAAGGCAUCACAGUGUGCAAACAUUUCUGUAUUGCAGCAUAUUAUGCUAAUUAUAUCAGCAGCAUGACCUAAAUACAAUGUUCAAAUGGGUGGCUGUCAGUUGCUGAGAUAUGUACAAUACAGUGUAAUAAGUUAUCCUAUGAAUCUGAUAAGAAGGGAAAUUGCCGGAGUCCUCUACUUCUAUUCAUCCUAUAAACUCUUUUGGACGGAGGUUUACUGUGUGAGAUGAAUGUACUGUAUCUUUCUAACAUUUUUCAACAGUUUGUUGAAUGGAUGUGUAUUUUUGCUAUUCCAUGCAUGAGAAGUGUACAAUGAAUGUGAUUUGUGCAAUAAAUGUUUGAAUGUUGUUUUUCCUGGUUUCUUUUUCUGAAAUAAAAAUUUGAAUCUCA